GCUCUCAUUACAUUUCUGGCUCAGUGCUUAUACACCCCCUUCAUCUCUCCCAUGGACAUCUGUCAGCAAGCUCAGGUAUCAUUUUAGAGAGGGAGCGAGAGCCGAGAGAGAUAGUUGGGUUUAGCCCAAGGACCCCUGCCACUUUUGUUCUGACUGGCUGAGGUCUAGCAUGGUGCUCCACAGAGCCAUUCAGGCAGCUCGAGAGGGGGAUGUGGAGGCUCUGAGGGCCUUGCAUGUGUCCGGAUAUCUCAGUCCGACCAUCACAGAUGCCCAGGGAGCUUCUCCCGUCCACCAUGCUGCCCGCUGUGGGCAACUGGACUGCCUGGAGUUUCUGGUGAAUGAAGGUUGUUUCCCCUGCCACACCCGUACGAAGAAUGGCGCCACAGCCGCCCAUGAUGCUGCUGCCACCGGGCACGUGCGGGAGCUGCAGUGGCUGCUGAGACAGAGGAAGUGUGGGAUUGAGGAUCGUGAUGGCGAGGGAGCGAUGGCCCUGCACCUGGCUGCCCGGUUUGGCCAUGCGGAGGCAGUAGAGUGGCUGUUGUUUGAGGGAGGAAGCACAGAGGCAGAGACAGAUUGUGGAGCUCGACCUGUCCAUUACGCUGCAGCCAGCGGAGACCUCACUUCCCUCAAACUGCUCAUGUCCUGCUCCCCACGGUGUGUGGACUGCCAGACAGGAACUGGGGCCACUCCACUGUAUCUGGCCUGUCAGGAGGGGCAUCUGCAUGUGGUUGAAUACCUGGUGAAGGACUGCGGUGCAAACGUCCAUGUGCAGGCCAAAGAUGGCAUGAGUGUGUUGCAUGCAGCUGCCCACAUGGGACACUAUGCCCUGGUGGUCUGGCUGGCCUCCUUCACAGAUCUGGAUCUGUCCUGUCAGGAUAACGGUGGAGCCACAGCACUGCAUUUCGCCACUAGCGAGGGCCACCAUCGUAUUGUGGAGCGUCUUUUACUGAUGGGAGCAAAGGUCCUGAAAGACCUCUGGGGUGGGACCCCCCUGCAUGAUGCAGCGGAGAAUGGAGAACUAGAGUGCUGCCGAGUACUGCUGAAUAAUCACAUCAGUCCGCUGGAGAGAGAUUCCGAUGGGUUUACUGCAGUGGAUCUGGCAGAAUACAAUGGCUAUCAUGACUGUGCCAACUUCCUCCAUGAUGCUGAUGCUCAUUCUGCAGAUAUUGUUCUCAUAGAGGAGGAAAGAACCUUGUUUAGCACAGCUGACCCCUACCAGGACAUUAAGGACCUGUCCUGUGAACUUGGACAUAGUGGCAGGAUGGAAAAUAGCAAGAAAGGACAGAGUGGAAUUGUUCCACUUGCAGCAUUGGAGGCAAAUCUUGCUGACAUUGAUUCUCUGAUCCCAACUCAUGAUGAGAACGGGAGGCCCAUUGCUGAAUGGAAGAGGCAGGUUAUGGUGCGCAAGCUUCAGGCUCGACUGCAGGAUGAAGAUGUCCACAGCAGAAAAGACAACAGCGACCAACACAUUGAGGUGGAUGGUUGGAGGUAUUCCCAAGUCCACAAUGUAAUUUUGGGCCCCUUUGGAGAACUGCUUACCGAAGAUGACCUGCUCUACUUGGAGGAACAGAUUGAGACUAUCUCCCUUCAGAAACGAUGCCAGGCUUAUGAACUAGAGCUUGCCCGACUGGCAGAGGAACUCAGGGCCAUCCUUCCUGCUCCCAUCAUUAAUAUCACCAUCAACACCCAGUGCCAGCAGCUUCCAGACAUGGAGGAAUCUCUGCCUCUUCCUGUGUGGUACAAUCGUAUCUCAAAUAUAGUAAAGAGCAUGUCAAACCUCCUGACAAACCUCUCAGAAACAAACUGUGAGGAUGGGAUCAGUAAGAUGCCAAACACGGAUCUGACAUCGGUCUUCACAUACCAGCCCGAGAGGCAAAGUUCAAUCAGAGGACGAAGACAAAAGGUGGAAAUGGAGAUCCAGCAAUCAGGAGUUUCUGUGAGAAAUCUGAGGUCCAACUUUGAGGAUCAGAUAGGAAACAUCUACCCAUUUUCUGGGCUUUUAAACAACACAUCAGACACAAGGCAGCAAAAGUUGACUACAUCAACAAAUCGUAAGGAGCAGCAAAUGGGGACAACUCAAAGCACUGACAUUAAUCACAUUAAUGACAUGAUGGAGACCACCUGCUUGCGGAAGGAGCGUAUUGUUGUCCUCUUUUUGAGCCACUGGAAAAGGUCUGCAUAUGCAAUAUCAAUGCGAGCCAAGAUGAAACAAGAGCUUGGCACUCUUACAGGAGAAGGAAUAACAGCUCCAGCCUCCAAGCCAGGAACCAGAUCACUGUAUCAUCUUUAUAGGCAAAGAACCACAAUAGACAAGAUGAUUGGCAACUGGAAACACAUUGCCUCGGGGGUCCCUACACGACAGAUCCGGAGCCUCCAAAGGAAGCAUGUGACCUACUCGCCUGAACAGUUCCUUCCUCGUGUGGACGGCGCUCCUGUUGCUUACGACAGCCUGUCCCUUGACCUGUUCAUGCUCGGCUAUUUUCACAUUCUUGAACAGGACCUCCCAGCUGAGGAGCGCAAGAUGAGGCACCUGCUAUGCUUUGAAGUGUUCGAUCACUUAGGGAACUUUCCCUGGGACAUGGUCCGAGAUUUCCACCAGGCUGUCCUCAGGGAGAUUGAGGCUGGGAGACGUGAGUGGAAAGAUGGCUUUGAGGACAUCAAAACGCAAUAUUUUGGGAAAAGAACAAAAGGGAUAUCUAAGGAAUCCGUGAAGAAUUCUUGUGCUGGGGUUAAAGCUGUGCCGCAGGUUAUCAUCGAAAAUACUGUAUCAAAUGAUGGAGGACAUUCCAGCAGAGAUGGAAGCAAUGAUUUCUCAAUGUUUAGCAAUGAUGAAAUUUGUAAAUAUAUUGAUCGUAGUUUCACCUUCUGGAAGGAGAAAGAAGAAGAGUUGUUUGAUUUUUGA